AGAGAGAGAGAGAGAGAGAGAGAGAGAGAGAGAGAGGCAGGACGUAAUCAAAGUAUACUGCGUACGGUAACACUGACUUGUGAAACAGCGGAGAAAGAGAAUUGGGUUCAAAGGUCAAACAUAAACAUUAUCGGUGGUGCCGGUCAAUGGCUGUGGUGGGUUCUCUUUCUUUUGUUGGAUCUUCCAUUUCCAAUGAGCUACAAAAGGAAAGAUCUUAGAUUGUCUGAAUCUUUUGCUGCUGGUCGAAGGGAAAAGUGAAAUCUUUUGAAGGAUUUUGUUAGCUGCCGUUUCUGGGUUUAGUUCUAAGCUUGGUGCAAGUAAAAUGGCUCAACGUUCGCAUGUUCCUAAGUUUGGCAAUUGGGAAAGUGAAGAGAAUGUCCCUUACACAGCCUAUUUUGACAAGGCAAGCAAGAGCAGGAGUGGUGCGAAGAUGAUAAAUCCAAAUGACCCUCAAGAAAAUGUAUUUUCUGAUGAUAAACCCUCAGUUCGAGCUACUGCAAUAAAGACUGGAGCUGAACCCGAGGCAGCUGUGAUACCAGGAGCAGCAAGGUCAAAGCAUGAACGCCGAUCAAGCAGGGAAGAUGGUGACCUUAGUCGAUCAACUGAUUCUCCAGCCCGCUAUGAUAAUGUAGUACGGAAAACUGCCACUGAUUCGCCUCUUCACCGUUAUGCCGACUCCAAGCGGACUGGCCGGCAAAGUGGUGGUUCAAGCGUUGAACAGUCACCGAUCCAUUCACACCACCAUGCAAGAGUUUCAGGCAAAGGCAGUGGGGUUUCCUCACCCUCCUCGGAAAGAAAAGGUUCCUUUGAACAUAAUCAUGGCUUAGCUUCCGCCACCCCUGUAAGAUCGCGACUGAGAACAACAACCCGAGCAGAUGAAACUCUUGAUAAAGGAGCUGCUGUACCAAAAUUUGGUGAUUGGAACGAGGACCCAUCAUCGGCUGAUGGUUAUACUCACAUCUUCAAUAAAGUGAGGGAGGAGAAGCAGGGUGGGUCAGAAAGGGUGCCAGUAAUGCCAACUCAGUCAUCUUACAAUGGUCAUCAUCAGAAUAAAAAUAAUGAUUCUACGGCUUUUUGCUGCUUUGCAUGGGGCAGAAAAUGAUAUUUGUUUGUCACUGGAUGAGUAUGGCAUGUUUGGACCUGUAAAUAGCUCUAAGGCUGUCUAUAGAGUUUACAUGUGCAUUCUUUCACUAUAAAUGUGUGCCUACUAUGAUGAUAAACAUGAUAUUUCUAAGGGGUCUCUGUUUGUUUCGGCCUAAAAUCGCGAGAAAAACAAAUUUUACUAUAAAACUAGAUAUUCCACCGUUUGUUUUAUAAAUUGGAAAGUUUUCACGAGGGAAAA